UGAAGUGGAAACUAGCAGCUUUCUUCCUCUAUAUAAACCCCCAAAGCAAGAAUAUGUAACUAUAAGCCUUCUCUCUCUCAAUAACCAUAUAUUAGAUUGGCUUUCAUAUUUGAGCUUUGAAGUUCUCUUAAGUUUUGAGUUCAUUGCUCUUAAAGGCUCAAUGAUGCUGUCAGAAACUCCAAAGAAAUAUAAAAACAUGCCAAGCAGAUUAAUGUCAAGUCUCUUCUUCUCUUCCUCAAAAACCCUUUCUUCUUUGUCAUCAUUUCCAAGCCCUCACACUCCUUCCACCCAUAUCAGAUUCUCUGAGACCAUGAUGGAAGAAAACAUUGAAAAUGCUGAAUCAAUAAUCUCCAAAUGGGAUUUAAACUCUUCGUUCUACAAAGCCACCUCUCUCUUCCAACAAAACAGAAAAGAAGCCCAGGAGUUUCUCAAAUCUGUCAAGGACUUGCAGCGAGCAAUGCAUUUCUUAAUCAGUGAAAAUUCUACAUCCAAGAAGCUCAUACUUGCCCAGAACCUAAUGCAAAUAGCCAUGAAAAGGCUUGAAAAUGAGUUUUAUCAGAUACUGUCUAAAAACCGUGACCAUCUUGAUCCUGAAUCAGUUUCUGGCCGAUCCUUGAGUGGGUCAAACAAUUCUGAUGAUGAAUAUGACGUUCAAUCCAAAGACGAGUUGGAAAUUGCUGGUGACUCAAUCACUGAGGUGGAUAGAGUCUCAGAACUUGCCAUGACGGAUUUAAAAUCAAUAGCUGAAUGCAUGAUUAGCUUGGGUUAUGGGAAAGAGUGUGUGAAGAUAUACAAAAUUAUCAGAAAAUCCAUAGUAGAAGAAGGAUUGUAUCAUCUUGGAAUUGAAAAGUUCAGAUCUUCUCAAAUUCAUAAGAUGAAUAGAGAAGACCUUGAGCAAAUCAUUAAGAAGUGGAUAACUGUAACAAAGAUUGCUGUGAAAAUGCUGUUUUUUGGAGAAAUAGUUCUAUGCAAUCAUGUGUUUUCAAAGUCUGAGAAGAUUAGAGAGUCAUGCUUUUCGGGAAUAACCAAAGAAGGAGCCUUCAGACUAUUCAGAUUCCCCGAACUCAUCACAAAGAGCAGGCAUUCGCAGGAAGAAGUUUUCCAACUAAUGGAACUUUAUGAAGCAGUCUUUGAGUUGAAGCCAGAGAUUGAAUUUAUAUUCGACUUUGAAUCAACCAAGGCUGUUAAAUUACAAGCUCUUUCAUCACUGGUCAAACUUGGUGACUCCAUCCGCACCAUUCUAUCUGAAUUUGAAUCAACAAUUCAAAAGGACUCAUCAAGAACUCCAGUUUUCGGGGGUGGCAUUCACCCGCUGACCCAAUCUGCAAUGACAUUCAUAUCUUCACUGGCAGAUUACAGUGGUAUUCUCUCCAGUAUCAUUGUUGAUAAUCCACAAGCAAGGACUUCACCACUACCAGAAUCUUACUUUGAGAGUCCGACCUCUGGCAAUGGUUCAACACCAGCAGUGUCAGUCCACCUAGCUUGGCUCAUAUUAGUUCUUUUGUGCAAGCUUGAUAACAAAGCUGAGCUCUACAAAGAUGUGUCUCUAUCAUACCUCUUUCUUGCAAACAAUCUCCACUUCAUUGUUGAGAAGGUACGUUCAACCACCCUUAAGUACCUCCUAGGCCACAACUGGUUGUUGAAGCACACGAAGAAAGUUAAACAAUACGCUUCAAACUACGAAUCAAUGGCUUGGACUAAGGUCUUCUCAUCUUUACCGGAGAAAAAUACCCUAGCAAUAACUCCUGAAAUGGCAAAGGAGUGCUUUAUGAGGUUCAAUGUGACUUUUGAAGAGGCAUACAGGAAACAGACAUCAUGGGUUGUACAAGAUGGGAAAUUAAGGGAUCAAUUGAAAGUGUCAAUAGCAAAGAAACUGGUUCCAGAGUAUCGAGAAUUUUAUGAUAUGUAUUUGGCGGUGCUGACUGGGGAGAAAAAUUUGGAGUUAUUCGUAAGGUUUUCACCUGACGAUUUGGGGAACUACUUGUCAGAUCUGUUCCAUGGGACUUCCACCUCAGGUAGUUCUACAUCGUCUUCGUCAUUGUUUCAGUCACAGGGAUGUAUACCCCGUUGAAAUAACUAUGUAUGUCCAUUACCAUGCAAACAAAGUCUAAUUUUCAUAUCCAGUACAUGUAAUUCUGUUAUGAUUAGUACUGGUCACUGUGAAAUGGUCCUUUCAGAUUUUCCUAUAAGAUCAUUCAUCGUGAGCCAUGUAUGAAUGAUAACCCUUUAGCAAUACUACUCCUUUACUUGGGCA